AUGACCCCCUCUCUUCCCCCAAUCUCCUCCCUCCCCCACUCCCCCGACACAACCCUAACCACAACCCUCGACCUCCUCUUCGAGCCCAGCCCCGCCCUGCACACCCUCACCCUCCCCGUCCUGCGCAGCACUACCUUCCCUUCCUACGCCGUCCUCAUCACCGCCAUCGGAACCCAACUGCGCGCUUUGACCGCCUCUUCCACCCCAGAGGACGCAGAACGCUUACAGGAGAUACUAUGCGCGCACCCAAGGCUAGGCGCGAAGAAAGUAGAGAGCGAGCAAAGCCGAGCUGAGCAGGCGAAUCUAGCCGGAGAAGGAGAGGAACUAAAGGACCUAAAUGAAGAGUAUGAAGUUACAUUUCCGGGUUUAAGAUAUGUCGUCUUCGUAAACGGUCGCUCACGCCCGGAAAUCAUGAAUAAUAUGCGUCAUCGCAUUGCGCGCGCCGAUAUCGCGGCUGAGCGCCAAGAGGCCAUACAGGCCAUGUGUGAUAUUGCGCUUGAUCGCGCAGGCAAGUUGCAACAGCAAUAG